CUCGCACAAGGCAGACAGUUAACGCUAACCGUCGUUCAGUGCACUUCCGACUCCCGGACAGGAACAAAGGAUAUAUUUGAAUCAUUUACGAUUAUAAAGGAGUAUAAAAAGUGAAGAAUAAGUGAGAGAAAAUAGAGAAUAACAGUCGUUGAUACUAAUAUCGACCCCCCAUCCAAAAAUGAAGAGAUGUGUCGAAACCGCAGUGAUUUUGGUGAUGUCUGCUGUGUUGACUGCUACGGCCCUAUUGAUGAUGCAGCCCUAUGGUAUGGCGGGGGUGGCUUUGGCCUUCACCCUCGCCGGGGUAUACAUCGCUCUCAUGGUGUUGCUUGUGACCGUUAAGUUCUGUACCCGAGACUCCAACGCACAUCCUGACGUCGAGCGGCAGGCAAGCCACCUCAACGACGCCCCGCCCCCAUACGACCAGGUAGUCACGAAGCCGCCAUCCUACAGGACCCUCUUCUUCCCAAGUCCGCCUCGCCUCCUGGCCGCCCUUGCCACGAAUCCCGGACUCAUGACUCCGCCAGGAGACACGAAGACAACGACAGGACUUGCAGCCAGUUUCGGCGCCCCUUUGUCCGCGGCGGAUGGGAAUGGGUUAACUACGCCGCUUCCUACAGUACAUGGAACACUUCCUUCCAAUUAUCCUGUAACGUCAGGGGGUGUUUCUACGACUCAGGAUGAAGUGAGAGCUCCUUCAGAGGGAGACACGACAGAACGGAGAACUGGAGAGGAGGGACCGACGGCUCCAGAGAGAGCACCAGGAUCGAGCGCCCCGUCCAGUCCCCCGAGCAGACCAAGGACGCCUCGACGUGUUCGUUUCGAGUUGGCGGACUCCGAGUCAGACGGCGGACAAGAGAGUCCUGAGCCUUUUCCUGACGAGUCCAUAGCAGAAGCUGACUCAUCCAAGUCUUGACCGAGGAACAGCUAGUCGAGUCAGGAAAUCAGACGAUGCUAUGGCAAAAAGAUGUCGAGAGGUCCUUCCCUUUUCGUUGGGCUUGACACCAUUCUUCAUGUUAAUCCUAAUUGUGACUCCAUGAUAAGGCACACUCUGGGUUACACUGGUGACAUCAGUGUGACUUCGUGAAGUAUUUUCUUUCUCAAACUGUGCACACGUUUUCCAAUUAUGUUGUUACUUUUCCCAAGUGUGACAACUUCGGAAAAAACAUAACGUGUGUCAGAUAUGUGAAAUAUAUAAAUCCGAGGGAUCACUUUGGGAUCCUUGUCCCAUUCGUUUGCAUCUUCACGGAAUGUUUUACAGUCAUUUUUGUGAUGAAAGAGUACUCACGGCUUGAACUAUUCUUCAUCAACUGAGAUGUACCUGUGAUGUGUACAUGUAUACCAGUCAGUGAAAUACGCUAGUAAAUAUUUUUACAAACGUU